UAAUUAAUUUUGCUUUCAAAUAUCUUUUAUUACAAUUGUUAAUAAUAUAUAGCACGUUCUAUAACUAACAAUACAACAAAUAAGGAGUUAUUUUAUAAAAUAAGUUAAAAAAUAAGUUAAAAGUAUGAAAUAAAAUUUUUUCAUUUGAAAUUUCUUUUUUGAGUAAAACAACAGAAAAAUUUUCAAAUUUUAAAUGGAUUAUAUCCAUAGAUAUAUAUCAAUAGAUUAUAGGUAAUAUUCAAUUUAUUAUAUUUUUUUUUAUUUUUAAUUAAUUAACGUAUAAUUUUUUUAUUUAAACAUUUUCAUGAUAAUAGUUGAUUUUAUGUAUACUAUUUUUUUAGGCGCUAAGAAUCUGCUAUUGCAUUAGAUCCAUUGUAUAAUUUAUGCAUUUAUAUAUGUAUAUGCUCUAUAAUUGAUAAUAUUUUAUUAUUAUUAUUUGUUUCAAUAAUUAGAUCUUUCAUUAGAAUUGUUAUCAUUUAAUUAAUAUUUAUAAGAUAAUAAGAACAUAUACUUUUAAAAUUUUCGCAAAUUUAAAAUCGAUUAAUUUUAUUUAAUCUACCUAAACAAGACAUGCGCAUAAUCUAUUGAAUAAAAUAUUCAAAAUUGCUGAUCAAUUUCAAGUAAUUUACCAAGUUAAAGGACUAAGUUAUCCAUUGUUAUCGAGAUCGAUUGAUAAGUAAUGAUAGAACAGAAUAACGAAAUACCCAUCGAUCAUUAUUUCGAUACGACCCUUUUUAGGAAUUGGUAUAUGGAUGCUUAUGCAUUGAUUCAAAUAGAAUUGCUUCUGCAAUUUCAACGAUGUCAAAAGAAUUACGAUUAUAUAAGAAAUACGCUAGUUUUGUAAAACUUUUUCUUCUCAUUGGUGGAAUAUGUCCAAUUACAAGAGAAUUGAAUAUUAUUUAUCGAUAUAUACCAAUUUGGGCGAUAUUUUCUUGCUUUAUAGAGUUGUGUGCGGUUGGAAACUCUAGCUUGCAAAAUAUUGAGAAUAUUCCUUUGCUUACUGCUUCACUCAUUCUCUUUGGCACCAUAUUGAAUGUAAUAACAAAGGCUUCCUGUUUUUUCAUCCAUCGAAAAAAAUUACAACAAGUAAAUGAUAUACUCAGUUCUAUUUUAGAAGAAAUAUUGAGUGAAAUAUAUAUAAAAUCAGUAAUUUUAUUCUAUCUUCAAAAGUUUUAUCGAUUGAUUUAUGUACAGACAGUAUUAAUGUUCGUCACUAGUAUCAUUUAUUCAAUGAAACCAAUGAUUAUAAAAUUGUUUUACGAUGUAAAUAUAACGAAUGUGCAAUAUCCUUUGCCUCUUUUUGGAACUUUUCCUUGGAAAAUCAAUUCGAUAUUAAUUUGGCAAUUGCAUUAUUUUUUCGAUGUAAAUAUUCUUUGGUUCAUAUUUUUUAUAUCUGUCAGUGUAGAUGCAUUUUUCGGGUUUUGUAUGUUUCGUAUCUCCGUAAUAUUACGUUUUUUGAGUUUUGAAUUCAAGAGAUCUUCAAUUGAUGACAAAAAUAAAAGGAAUAAAGAAAAGAGUUAUCAGCAAAUCUUUCGAGAAUGUGUCGAAAAACAUGUUUUAUUGUUAAAAUGUCGAAAUAUUAUCCAAGAGAUUUACGGACCUAUCAUUUUAUUAGUGACUAUAACGAAUGCAAUGAGCAUGUGUUCUAUAAUAUUUCAACUAUUUCAGGUUAAUGGAAUAAAUAUCUAUAAAAUUGGAACAUUCAUGAUUUACCUUAUCUUAAAAUUAAUACAAACAUUUUUAUAUUCCUGGCCCGGAGACGUAAUCUUUACUGAGGUUUGUACUAAUUGGAAAUGUACUUUUCGUUAUCUUAAAUUGUUUAUGAACAAGCGUGCAAACAAAUGA